AUGUCCUCUUCCACUUCUACCUCAACUCCCACUCCAAAAACCGUCCCCGUGGCACCCAAACCCGAACCUGUCAAAGAAAAAUCUCCAGUUCCUGUGGUUCCACCUAAAAUCAUCGAAGAACAAGAUGUUGAUGAAAGGAGUGAUGACGGUUCCGUUGGUCCACCAGAUCUCGGUGAUAAUAUCGAUGCGGCUACCUUUGAGCAAAUUCUAGAGAUGGACGAUGAUGAAGAUGAACGAGAAUUCAGUCGUUCGAUCGUUUUUGGAUUCUUUGAGCAGGCCGAACAGACUUUUACUAAAAUGGAUGAUGCACUUGAGGAAGGCGAUCUGGCAACACUUUCUUCCCUCGGUCAUUUCUUGAAGGGAUCCUCGGCAACGUUAGGAUUGACAAAGGUCAAGGAUAGCUGUGAAAAGAUUCAACAUUAUGGACAGAAGAAAGAUGAAGCUGGCACAACCGAUGAACCCGAUGAGAAGAAAUGCUUGGAGAGGAUUAAAGAAACAUUGGUAUCGGUAAAGGAGGAGUACGACGAGGUUGAGAAGGUCUUGAAGAAGUUUUAUGCCACUUGA